UCUUUGACGAUAAUCGUGGCCGCCACACUCAAAAAUGGCAUCGGCAAGAAUGGCACAUUGCCAUGGCCUAUGGUCAAGAAGGACAUGGCAUAUUUUGCCAGCGUCACGAAGCGCGUGCCAGCAACUACACCAGAUGGCUCAGCUGACCCGCGUCGCAACGUGGUCAUCAUGGGUCGCAAGACAUGGGAGAGUAUUCCCAAGAAGUUUCGUCCACUGAAAGACCGAACCAACGUCGUCAUCAGCUCGCAGACGCGCGAGCAACUUCAACCAAUUCCGGAUGAUGUCGUGGUAGCAGCCAGCAUCCCAUCAGCGCUACAUGACCUCGGUACGCGCAUCCAGGCGGGAUUUUUGCCGCCGCUUGGUCGGGCGUUUAUCAUUGGCGGCACCAGCAUCUAUCAGGCGGCGCUACAACUACCACAGACAGAUCGAAUUCUCUUGACGAGAAUAUCAAAGGAAUAUGAUUGUGACACUUUCUUUCCGGACGUUCUGAAUGAUGCUAAGCCAACCACUGGUCGAUGGAAUCUAGCGAGCCAUGCCGUCCACGAGAAAUUCGUCGGCGAAGCGGUCGAACAUGGCCCCGAGUCUCACGCUGUGGGCGACGAACGAAUUGAACUUGAUUUUCAACUAUACGAGCGCGAC